AUGGAACACAGCUCAGGAGAAGUCAAUGUCCGCCCCGAGCUCGCUGAGAAACAGGAGCCACAUGUAUCUCAUCACGACGAUAUCGAGGCAUCGCCAUCCGCUGUGGACGAGAAGAAACUCGUGCGCAAAAUUGAUCGACGUCUCUUGCCCAUUCUUGGAUGCCUCUAUGCGGUGUCUUUGGUUGAUCGAGGAAAUAUGUCCUUCGCUUUGGUAGCUGGUAUGAUGGAAGACCUCAGUCUUAAUGUCGGCGACCGCUACAGUAUCUUGGUCUUGGUGUUCUUUGCAUUCUACGUAGUAUUUGAGCUGCCCAGUAACCUGGUGCUGCCCAAAGCUGGUCCCCGUAACUGGUUGUCUUUCCUGGGCCUCAGCUUCGGAGUUGUCACAAUCGGUAUGGGGUUCACCAGGACCUGGGGGCAUUUUUUGAUUUGCAGAAUCUUUCUCGGCGCUACGGAGGCCGGGUUUCUUCCUGGAUGCACUUUUCUGAUCUCCGUCUGGUAUACGCGUUACGAAGUUGGCAAGCGUCUUGCCAGUUUUUGGGUUCUUUCCGUCCUGGCAAACGGUUUCGCCGGAAUUCUUGCCUAUGGACUUACUCAAAUGGAUGGUGUCCAAGGUUUGGAGGGCUGGAGGUGGAUCUUCAUCAUUGAGGGUUGCAUAACCUGCGGAAUCGUAGUCGCGGCGUACCUUCUGAUCGUCGAUCUCCCCGACAAGUCAGAGGGUUUCUUGAAGCCUCAUGAGAAAGCUGCCGUGAUCGCUCGAAUCAAUGCAGACCGAGGAGAUGCUGAGAGCGACGCGAUUACGAAACAAAAGGUCCUCCACCAUCUCAAGGAUUGGAAACUCUACGCCUGGAUGCUCCUUCUAUUCGCUGCCGUGGUGCCGGGAUUCUCCUACAAUUUCUUUACUCCUCUGAUCCUCUCACAAGGAAUGGGCUUCACUCGUAAGCAAAGCUUGCUGAUGACGGCACCACCAUUUGUUUUUGCUGCCAUAGCAACCUACACAUCGAGUUGGAUCUCCGACAAAUAUCGUCUGCGAGGUCCCGUAUAUGUGUUUCAUCUCACAUGCUGUAUCGCUGGGAUGUUCAUCACGGCCUACGUAAAGAACCCGGGAGCAAGGUAUUUCGGAGUCUUUCUGGGCUUGGGCAUGGUCCAAUAUUGUCCCAUGGUGGUCUUGGCCUGGCAGGCCAACAAUGUCACGUCGACCUCCAAGAGAGCCGUAGCAUCUGCGAUCACACUAAUCGGCUCCGGACUCGGGGGGAUGUGCUCCGGAGGAGCGUUCAAGACUUCUGAAGCCCCACUCUACCAGACCGGCAUUUACCUCUCGUUGGGGCUUUAUUUCCUGAGUCUUACCAUCGUGGCUGGCAUGGAAUACUACUUCUAUAAAAUGAACAAGGAGGCCCGUGAAGGAAAACGAAAGAUCGAGGGCAUGGACGACUGGUACUAUACUUAUUGA